AUGGACAAAGGGAAUGGCACCACAGUAACAGAAUUUAUUCUUGUGGGAAUUUCAGAGAUUCCAGAGCUUCAAUUUUACCUUUUUUGUAUUUUUUUCUGCAUCUAUAUAAUCACUGUACUUGGAAAUGCAUCAAUAAUUCUUAUAUAUAAAUUAAGUCCAAACCUGCACACCCCUAUGUAUUACUUCCUCAGCAACUUCUCCUUUCUGGAAAUCUGUUAUGUAUCAGCAUCUGCUCCUAAAAUGUUGCAUAACAUAGUGAUGGGGAGAAAAACAAUAACUUUCCAUGAUUGCUUUGUGCAAAUGUACAGCAUUUUGUUUUUGGCUGGCACAGAGUUCUAUGUGCUUGCAGCCAUGGCUUAUGAUCGAUAUAAUGCUAUAUGCCACCCUCUCUUGUACAGGGUUAUUAUGAAUAAUAGGGUCUGUAUUCAGCUUCUCUGUUGCUCUUGGGCUAUUGGUGCCGCCAAUGCUCUAGUUCAUACUCUCCUCGCAUACAGGUUGCCUUUCUGUUCUAAUAAAAUUCAACAUUUCUUUUGUGAUGUCCCACCAUUACUGAAACUCUCCUGUAUAAACACCUGGAUCAAUGAACUCGGCAUGUAUGUCAUUGGGGGUUCUGUUACCGGCGGCUCCUUUGUACUAACAUUAAUUUCGUACAUAAAAAUAAUAUUAACUAUUCUAAAUAUCCAAUCAUCUUCAGGGAGAAAAAAAGCCUUUUCCACUUGCACUUCUCACUUGACAGUAGUUGCUAUAUUUUAUGGCUCAAUCUUUUUUAUGUAUCUAAGACCCAAAUCAAGUUAUGCUAUGCAUCAUGAUAGACUGGUUGCGGUUAUGUAUACCAUUGUUGCUCCUUUGUUAAACCCUUUCAUUUAUAGUCUAAGAAAUAAUGAUGUCAAACUAGCUGUCACAAAACUACUUCAAAAAAGGUUAACUUGGAAAUAUUAA